AUGGCUGAUUUCUCCUCCAUUCCCAUCAUCGACUUUGGUCGACUUCAAGAUCCCUCCACCAAAGAAGAAACUCUCGCUCAGCUGCGGGAGGCUAUCUUCGUGGUGGGAUUCCUGUACCUAACCAACCAUGGCAUGGAGGCAAUUAUUAAAAAAGCACAUGCUGCCCUUCCCGAACUCUUUGCCUUACCGUCCGAAGUCAAAGAAAAAUGCAACAUGAUCAAUUCCCCCUCGUUCGUGGGAUAUACCCGGCUGGGCGCGGAGACAACGGCCGCACGAACCGACUGGCGCGAACAGUUUGACUUUGGAACGCCCGGUAUGAAGCAGUGGUCGUCCAAUGAUCCGAUUUGGCAGAGGCUUGAGGGGAACAGCCAGUAUCCCGAUUACCCCGGUGCCCAAGAACUGGUGGAGGAGUACAUCGCCGAGUCGGCCAAGUUGUCUAAAACAUUCAUGCGCCUAGUGGCCGAAUGUCUGUCUCUACCGCCGACCACCUUUGAAGCGUUCAAGGGGAACAUGGACCGACUCAAGUUCGUCAAGUACCCGCAGUCCCCGCCGGAGUCGCAGGGUGUCGGUCCGCACAAGGACUCGGCCGGGCUGUUUACGUUUCUCUCGCAGGAUGAUACGGGGGGAUUGCAGGUCCUCAAUAAAAAAGGCGAAUGGAUUGAUGCGCCGCCAAUCGAGGGGAGUCUGGUGGUGAAUAUUCAGCAGGGAUUUGAAGCUAUUACGGGGGGUGUCUGUACGGCCACCACGCAUCGCGUUAUUGCACCCACGUCAAAGACCAGAUAUAGCAUCCCUUUCUUCCUUGGGGUGCGACUGGACCUCACCCUGGCCCAGCUCAAAGAGUCGGCGGCGCAUAUCGUGCAGCGGAUCCCGGCGUCGGAUGAUCGCAAGAAGAGGGCAGUGGAUGUCCCGAGCGAGUUUCUGUCGCCAUUGUACUCUUGCUUCGGGGAGGCGCAUCUGCGGAAUCGCAUUCUGAGCCAUCCGGAUGUAGGCCAGAAAUGGUAUCCGGAGUUGUAUGAAAAGUAUUCCAAGCAGGUAUUGACAUAG